UAAAUAUAGUUCUAAUUUCCUCGACAGCCAAGCAUCAGCAAAUGCACCAGAUAUUUUAAGUUCGAACAAAUCAAAUUGUAAAAGAGUAGUGCCUAACAGACUACAACCAGGGAAUAUUAUUUGUGUCAACCAGCGGGAAGAUGGCUAACAGCGGGUCGGUCGCGAUGAAAAGAUGCGACUCUAGUCAUCUAUCCUCUGUGAGCAUGGACACUAUCUCGACGCUCACGGAGCUGGAAGACCUGGAGAGAGUUUAUCAGCAGCUUUGUGUUGAGGAGAAAACAGUGGAGGCUGAGCUGGACCAGCUGGUGAGCCAGGAGGGAACUAUUCACACAAAAAUGUUGUCCCUCCAAAGAAUGGGGCCCAACCUACAAUUGAUCGGAGGAGAUGCCAGCCAGCUGUCAGGCAUGAUUACAUUUACCUGCAGCCUUGCAGAGAAUGUCAGCCGCAAAGUCAGACAGUUGGAUCUAGCAAAGACACGGCUAUAUAAAGUCAUCCAGCGUGCUGAUGACAUCCUUGAUUUAAAGUUCUGUACGGACGGCGUGCAGACAGCUCUGCAUAAUGAAGAUUAUGAACAGGCAGCUGCUCAUAUCCACCGAUACCUUUCUCUUGACCAGUCAGUCAUUGAACUGAGCAGACAGGGAGAAGAAAGCAGUACUGUGGAUGCCAGUCUGUUACUGCUGCAGGAGGCUGAGCAGAAACUAAAGGUCAUUGUCGCUAAGAAGUUGGAUGAAGCUGUGUCUGCAGUGGACCUGGCGCAGGUGGAAAGGUUUUUCAAGAUCUUUCCUCUGUUGGGCCUCCAUCAGCAGGGCCUUGCCCGCUUUGGACAAUAUCUCUGCAGUCAGCUCGCCUCCAAAGCUGAAGAGAACCUGCUGUUAGCAACUGGAGGAGACCUGGGUGACAAAAGAGCUCCACUCAUAUUUGCUGAUACCCUGACACUUUUACUUGAAGGCAUCGCUCGUGUUGUUGAGACCCAUCAACCCAUCGUAGAGACCUAUUACGGUCCAGGCCACCUGUACACUCUCAUUACUCAUCUACAGCAGGAAUGUGACCAGCAGGCACAGAAGAUCGUGGACAAGUUCAUUCAGCAGCGAGGAUACCUCAACAAGUUUCAGGUUGUCCAGAGCAGCAUGAUGAAGAGCGUACCUGGGGAGGGGAUUGAGCCCAGAGAGCUUGACCCUGUAUUGGCAGAAGUCACUUUAAUGAAUGCCCGGGCGGAGCUCUACCUGCGUUUUUUGCGUCGGCGUAUGUUGGCUGACUUUGAAGUUGGCGAUGCUCAGAGCAUUACACCGGAACAUCAUCAGAAUGUGGAGAAGCUGCUAAAGCAUUGCGUGCUGAGCAGGACCAUGCAGGAGUUGAUUGGCUACUACAUACCAAUGGAGGAAUACUACAUGCGGGAGUCUGUCAACAAGGCUGUUACAAUGGAUACCUAUGAGAAGGGUCAGCUGACUUCCAGUAUGGUGGAUGAUUGUUUCUACAUUGUAAAGAAGUGCAUCAGUCGCGCUCUGUCCAGCUCCAGCAUCGACUGCCUAUGUGCAAUGAUCAACCAUGCCAACUCAGUGCUGGAGUCCGACUUUAGGGAAGUGCUGUACAACAAGCUGCGGCAGGGCUUCCCUGCUACCACGCUGCAGGACAUCCAGCGUGGUGUCAGUAGUGCCGUCAGCUUGAUGCAGAGCAGCUUGCAGCAAGGAAAGUUCAACACUGAGUUCAACAUAGAGAGCACUGAAAAUGCCAAGGCUGCCUUUUUGGUGACUCUCAACAAUGCCGAGGUGUGCAGUGAGAACAUCUCCACUUUGAAGAGGAACCUUGAAAACGACUGCUCCAAGCUGUUCAGUCAGGGGACUGGUUCCGGUGAACACGCCAAGAUUGAAAGCUGUUUGUCCGACCUUGUCAACACAUCCACAAAGUUCAAGGACCUUUUGCAGGAAGGCCUGACUGAGUUGAACACAACUGCCAUCAAACCCCAAGUCAAACCCUGGAUCAGUUGCUUCCUGUCCAUCUCACAUAACAUAGAAGAGGAGGAAUUUAAUGAUUAUGAAGCAAACGACCCCUGGGUGCAGCAGCUCAUCGUCAACUUGGAGCAGCUGAUGGCAGAGUUCAAGACAGCCCUCUCUCCUGUUAUCUACGACACACUGACGAGCCUGAUGACCAGCCUCAUAUCCAUCGAGAUGGAGAAGACGGUUCUCAAGUGCUCAUUCAGCAGGCUUGGUGGGCUGCAGUUUGAUAAAGAGCUCCGUUCCCUUGUGGCGUAUCUCACCACCGUGACCACCUGGACCAUCAGGGACAAGUUUGCUCGUCUCACACAAAUGGCCACCGUCCUCAACCUGGAACGGGUAACUGAGAUCUUGGACUACUGGGGACCAAACUCAGGCCCCCUGACGUGGCGUUUGACCCCAGCAGAGGUGCGUCAGGUUCUCGCUCUACGUGUUGACUUCAGAAGCGAGGAUAUCAAGAGGCUGCGAUUGUGACAUGCCGCUUCCUCAAGAGAUAUUGAGCCUGAACUACAUGUGAGCGAGCAUUGUUAAAUAUGAGAAUGUGUAAUUAAAAGGUCUUUAAUUGCGGUAGUUCCAGCCUUCUAACCUGUAAUGGUGAGAAAGGAGGACACCCUACGACAGAGGAGCAGAGCGGUAAUGAACAUCAUAGCUAUUAAAAUGACAGAAGCAGGUCAGACAGCUGAUCCCGCCUAGUCAUUCAAUAAAGGAAUGGCUGCUCGUCUGUGAGGAUGAAACACUUUUAACCUAAUAAAUCGAGACCCACUAGCGCCACAUUUUUCACGUUCAUCCUGAUUGGAUAAAAACGUUUCACCACAGAGCGCUGCCACGCAAGAGCAGUUCCCAAUCUCCCAAUGACACACAAUGGAGCUUUAAAAGGGAUCCAUUCUCAUAAUGCUCCGCCUAUUUUGGCAACUAACCUGAAUCGAGCACAGAUCAGAUUGAGGGCAUGAACACAGGAAUAGUUAGGAAAAGUGUAGCUUUAAUGUAAACACAACAUUCGAUUGGCUCAGCACAAACAUUCCACAUGAGAGCAACCAAAGAACUACAGAAUAAGAUGGGGGGGGGGUGCAGCACAAAAACAUUCACAGUAAAAAAAAUCUGGUAUAAUCGUAAUAUAUAUAUAUACAAUACGGUGCUUUUAAGGUGAGGAUGGAUAGGAUACGGGGGAUGACGUGACUGGUUGGAGUAUACAGGAAUGGGGAGGUGGAUUUUAGGGUGCACAGGUGAAAAUGGAGAGCUGUACGUUUUCUCUGUGAAAGAGUAAAGAUGGCAGAUGAAGGGGGGAUAAUGUUUUGAGCUGUCAGGGGAGGCUUAGAAUACAAUAAAGCAGUCUCCCCCUGACAGAGGCAGAGGCUGCCCCCAAAUGAUAUUGUUCUCUUUGUGCAGUGUUCUAUGUCUAAACAGAUUCACAUUGAGGGGUACAAGAUGUUAUCAGAGAGCUGCUUUACGCCCCUCUUCAUUUUUAGGACUCAAAAUGUGUAUCAAGGGAGCUCAGGAGGUAGGAGGAGGGCGUGAGGCUUCAAUCAGUAAGUAGUUGUGUGAUAGAACAUAUCCUUAGUGAUCUAUGAUAAUCAUGGUUGGCACAGAUAUGACUGCUUUUUUGUCUCCUUUUUCGUGCAAUAUGAUUGGCUGUCCCUCACACGCCACACUGAAUAAAUACUCUUUUAUGAUCAUUUAGUAAGUAAGAAGAGAAAAGGAGCGGAACAGAAGUGCCGCAGGCUACUUAAGUGGUGUGUGUCUGUGAAGGAGGGGAGAGCUUUGUCCCCUCUCAACGGUCAAAUAAGCCUCCUGCUUCCCUACAAGAACAGCACCUCCCCAGUAUUAUCGUUACCGUCAUCAUGCAGCACAAGCACCACAGGCUCAAGGCUUGCGCGUAGAAGCCAAAUGGAGGAAUUUCUGCACUGCACUUUUUCCAAAAAAAGGCGCCAACUGAAUACCACUCUGGUGCCAGCCGUCCUCAACAAAUCAUAAAAUAAAAAAUAAAAAAACAUCCAAGACAAAACGGGUUGUGUAUUGAAAUGAAAAAGGAGGGAGGGGACAGAUCAUGACAUGUAUCCAACGUGAUGUCUGGCGGCAGCUCUUUGGGUCCAUUUGGACGUGUAGAAUUACAUAUUUUUUGUGUUUUUAAGUAUCAUGAAAAUUAUCAUUAACACCUCACACUCUCCAUGACAACAGCUGUGCUUGAGGCCUCAGUAUAAGCCACAGCCUCUCAGGUUGUUUGCGAUAAUGAUGUCAGUGACGGCAUCAAA